AGUCGCAUUUAAAUUCUGUAAACUUACAGGUGCUCCACAAUUUUAACUCUGAUUGUCCUGUUUGUUAAUUCGACAAAUGGGUGGCAUUGGCCUCAAUUUGGUAGCUGCCCUCAAAUGGAGGUCAAAGGAAACUUCAACCUUCAGGAUUUCUUGGGCAUUUGGUACCAGCAAGCCAGUGCCAACAUGGAGUUUGAGGGAAGAGGACGGUGUGUAACCGCUAACUACACUAAUGGAGAAAAAAACAAUACAGUGGACGUAAUCAACUCUAUUAUCAGAGAACCAUCCAACAAAAUUUUCACAAUGGAUGGUACCAUGGUGCUUGAAGAUCCAAGCAAGAAUGAAGGCAAAUUUGAGGUUAUUCUUCCAACACACUUUAUGUGGUGGAACACCGAUAUUAAAGGAUCUUUCUGGGUUUUGGACACGGAUUACGAGUCUUACAGUGUUGGUUACAGUUGUGCGCAGUUUUUCUGGUUCUUCCAUGACUAUACGGCCAUAUUAUUCAGUCGGGUGCAGGAUUUGAGCCAAGAUGAAGAACAGCAAACUAAAUUCUUUAAGCAAACUUAUCAGGUCUUGAUAGACCAUAAUCUAGAUCCAGCCAAUUUCAAGAUCUCUGUGAAUAAAAACUGUACAGUAUAAUAAAACAUGCACAGUAUCUGCUACUAUCAUAUGUUUACAAAACACUGCAAUAAUAUAAAUAAUAUGACUUAGUUCAUAACAUAAUAAAGAUAUUUAUGUGUAGAAUCGAAUUGCAUGAAUAUAAUAAAAUGUAUAAAUACAAAAA